GUGCCCUGGAUGCUGCCGGGUUGCAAAAUUCCCGGCAGCUGGGGUGAGGAAAUGGGGCUCCCUUGUGCAAUGGGAACGGUGUCAGAGCUACUCAUCCCUGAAGGAAUGGCAGGGAAACGAGCCAGGGAGGUCACUGGAUCCUUCAUAGCACUGGAGAAGCAGCAGAACAUUUGGAAGGCAGAAAAUCUGGGAGCCAAAGGAAGGAAGAAGAGCCAAGGACAGAAAAUCCAAAUGUUGGUGCUGUCGAACACCACCGCCCUGAACCUGCUCCUCUCCAAACUGCUCCAGGAGUGCCUGGAACAGACCAACAGCUCAUCUCCUUCCCAGGAGAGCAGCGCCAGCGACAGCCUGGCCAUCAUCUACGUGCUGCUGAUGCUGGGGCUCUUUGGGUUCUUCACCGUGGGGGUGAUGGUGACCAACCUGCGGGCACGGCGCCUCGAGGGGCCCCGCGACCCCUACAACACCUACAUCGCCACCGACGCCUGGCACAAGAAGGACAGGGAGUACCUCCAGGCCAAGCUCAUCGAGAGCUGCAAGCUCUGCUGCGUCCUGGAGAACCAGCUGGCCGUGGAGCAGCCGGGCCUGAAGAUCCCUGAGGAGAAAUCUUCCUAG